AUGGCGUCCACUGGAUCAAUAACAUAUCAGGACGCGCUGGACUCGCAAUACUUGUCCAACUCAAUAUCCAGCCUCUCGCGAUCACGCUCCUCGAACACCUUGAUUGUCCGAAGCUACAAGCAGGCGACGCAGCUCUAUCUCACGAAACGUUUCAAGGAAGCAUUAGAAACGCUCGAACCGAUCAUAUCACCACAGAAUGAGGAAGCUGAAGAUGGAGACGCGAUAGAUGGGCUGGGGGAGGGCAGCGGUGCGGCACCGGUCGCGCAGAGCUCAAAAGGCACCAGGACCAAGGUCUGGGUGUUCUACCUCAGCCUAUUGCAUGCCAUCAUCGAGCUGGGCGCGGAAGAGGGCCGAAAUACGUUUGGAUCUGUAAAGUGGAGAAAUCUCGUGAAGAAGGCUAGAGAAGGCACGAUUUGGGACGAGGUCGUGCAACACGGGUACGGCAGCAACGAAGGGGACGUUGACCCAGAUGUCGUCGUGAAUCUAGCGACUCUACUUCUUGGACACAUGCAAGAUCAGAAGUUGAACCAGCAGAAGUUGGAGGCAUACCUUUCUGCUUCAGCAGAUGCAGCCCAUGUCGCAUUCUUGCAGGACGGCAUUGCAACGCCAAUGUCGAACGGAACGUCUUCACCGAAAGAGCUGACUACGCGACUGAAGAUACUGGAGCUCUACACCCUUCACGUACUGCCAGCGAACAAUGAAUGGGACUAUGCGCAACAGUUCAUUGAAAUGAACGACAUGCUGGAUGAGGAGCGACGAGAAGCUUUCCAGCAUGCUUUGGAAAGCCUCAAAGACGAAAAAGAUGGCACAGCGGAACGAGAGAGAGUUUUGGAAGAGUUGCGCGAGCGCGAAAUGGCGGAGCAACGUGCAGCCGAGGAGGCAAAGAGGAAGGAAGAAGAACGGAGAGAGGAAGAGCGCAAGAAAGCAGCAGCAGCGGAAGCUGAACGAGCUGCCAGACCCAGCAGCGCAUCUGCGGCUCGCAACGGGAACAAUGGCAAAGCAAGUCGCAAUCUUGGCGGCGGCACCGGACGAUUAGCACUCAUGCGGCUUCUGAUGUUCAUGGUGGCUUUCGUCCUCAUUUUAGCCAGGAGAGAUCUGAGACUGAAAGUGAAAAAGACAUUGGAAGAUGGAUGGGGCAAGGUAAAGCAAACCGUCGGUAUGGGUGUGAAGGUCUCUUAUAUAUGA